GAGCUUAACACGCCCUAUUGAAUCAUGGCACUUCGCUAAUUAAGAGUAUAGAGUAGCAGAUCGAGUGGCGCAGAGCAGAGAGAAGAUGAUGGCGUCUUCUUCUCAUCUAUCGGCCAUUCCCCUGCGCCCGUCUUCCGCCUCUACACCUUCCUUAUACCACCCUAACUCAAAGCCUGUUGUACUUCAUGUGACAUCAAAAUCUGACGGUGAAAGCUGCAGUACUGGAGUUUCAAAUCCACCGUCAAAACCGCUGAAGGGAACUCAAAACUUGAUUUCUCGUCGAUGGUGCCUCACAUGUUUAUGUUCCUCUGUGACAUUGUUAAAGAAUUAUGGGGGCACAGGGACUGAAGCUAUUGCAAAUACCAUGGAUGGAAAACCUGUGUGCCGAAAUUGUGGAGGAAGUGGUGCCGUACUUUGUGACAUGUGCGGUGGUACAGGGAAAUGGAAAGCUCUUAACAGAAAACGGGCUAAAGAUGUCUAUGAGUUUACAGAAUGUCCAAAUUGUUAUGGUAGAGGAAAACUUGUAUGUCCUGUUUGUCUAGGAACUGGUUUACCAAACAACAAAGGUCUCCUAAGAAGGCCUGACGCACGAAAAUUGCUUGAUAAGAUGUACAAUGGUCGCUUAUUACCAAAUUCUUGAACACCUCUUUGCAAAUUUGGGUCCAUGUCCAUAGAUGGUAGUAGAUUUAUAACUUGUUUCUAGCUGGUAUAAGUUACUAAAUUGCGGCUUUUGUCAUGGUUGCUUCAUGACAGAGUUCAGUGAGUGGAAAAACAUAGCUACAAAGUUAGAUGGCGAUCCUGUUUACAGUCUCUUCUAAUCGCCAAAUGCAUAUUGUUUAUACCAAAAAAAUACACGAAAAUCACACUGUUCUGACCUCA